AUGACCGAAUUUAACGGAGGACAACUGUUUUUGCUUAAAGAUUUGAAAGUUGUUAGGAUGUCUGAAGAGAGAUUCAAACGGAGGAUUAUUCUACGAGCGUUCGCUAUUAAUUUUUUGGUUCUUAUUUAUUAUUAUGGGUUCACAGAACAAGUAAAACAAUAUAGAGAAAAGAAUUUAACUUCCGACUUCAUCUUGCCAUACAUCAAAAUCAGAUCAGAUUUAUUUAUUGCUCCAAAAUAUGGCAUAUUAUCAUGUGGAAUUCGAAAAUCCAUGUCACAACUUUUAAUUAAUAUCAUGUGUUUAUUACAUAAUGAAACAGAGUUUCAGAACCAGAAUAGAUCAUUAAAUGACACGUGGAUGUCUGAAAGAGUUUGUUCUCACAAAGAUACACAUUUCCACAUUCCUCAAAACAAUGUAGAAGGCAUUCCUAAUCUGACCAAAUUUGCAUUCAUUCGAGACCCAUUUGAUAGAUUCAUCUCAUUUUAUCUCCACAUAUGUAAAAAUGAUAACGGCUGUUGGAAUUGUGGUGAUGAUUUGAGAUGUGUAGUGAAAAAUGUAUACAAAAGCCUGAAAAGUUAUGAGAAGAAUCCAGAUGAAUCAACAUCAUCAUUGGUUGAUAGACAUGCUGCUCCCAUUUCUUGGAACUGUAACUUCCAAGAAACAUUAUCUCAAUAUCAUCUCAUUAAAAUUGGUGUUAAUUAUGACCAAAGACAGUCUGCAAUCAAUGAAUUAACGGAAAUAUUGAAAUCAAAUGGUGUUUCAGACGUUCUAAUUACCAAGAUCUCAAAUGAAUCAAUGUUCGGUGAAACAUUUCACGGAACACACAAGACGAGUGCUCGUAGGAAAGCGGAGAAACAAGUAGAAGAGGACACAAUUGUUCGAGAUUAUCUUCACAAAAUCUACUUUUUCGAUUAUCUUAUUUUCAAAUUCGAUACAUCGCAUUUAGAUAUGAAAUAUCAAAAACUGAUACAUAUGAUGCAAAAAUUCAAAUAUAAUCAUUCAGGAUUUAUUUGA